AGAGAUCGAAGUUCCGGUCCUCGAUAUUUUUAUUUAUUUUUUGAAUAACAAAUCGUUCAAAUCAGUGAGAACCCCAAUUAAAUUAAAAUAUUUCCAAAUUUUUAAAUAGACAUUAGACAAUCAGGACUAUGUCAAUUGAUUUUCACGGUCCCACCGCAAAGCAAGAGCAGCAAAGUCGUAGGAUAUUAGAACAACUAAAUGAAGAUAAGAGACGACUGAAAGCAGCUACCCAGAAUCAGAGCUUAGUUCCAGAAUCGCAACCUAAUCCAAAUCCUAUGCUGCUACCAGGUGACAAUGGGGGAGCUAGUCGAUCGGCAUCACAAGCGCUAAAACAAGCUCACGAGUCUUCCUUCGGCUAUUAUGUGACACAGGAAUCGAAUUUUGGCAACGUCAUUCUACCAGUCUUACCAAGAUUUGUGGAAACUAAACCGGCAAAAAGCUAAAAUUUUAACUUCUUAGUUUCAUUUAUUGUUCUAAGAUUUAGAACGAUACAAUAUACACUUUACAUAUAUUGUUUUUAAAAGUAGACAAUAGUUUUCUUUUAAGCACUAUAUUUUGAUAGAAACUUAUUAAAACUAAAGCUCUAUUCCUCUACAUUGGAACACAAAAAAAACUGAAAGAAAAUACACUACUUCCGGUAAUUAAUACCGACCAAUCUAGAAAUUAAGUUCAAUAUAUUGUUGUUUUUUCUUUUUUUUGUUUGUUUGAUUAAAAUGAAUAUAGUUACUGUAUUAAAAUUUCCAAUAA